AUGUCGUGGGAAUCAAUUGCUGCCACAAAGCGCCAAGCGCUGAAGGAUUCCAUCCCAGCCGAAUGGUUAAUCCCUGCUGCUAUUUUCCCAGCCGAAGAUCAGUUGGAUGUGACAACCUUUCCUCAGGAAUCUGGAUUCUUCACCGAACAAGAAUUGGCAAUCAUCUCGUCUCCGGCCCCAACUAUUCUUUCUCAGAUAACUUCGGGGUCAUGGACUUCGGAGAAAGUGACCAAGGCGUUCUGUAAGACUGCAGCUGUAGCUCAGCAAUUGACAAACUGCCUGUCGGAAAUAUUUUUUGACAGAGCCAUUUCGCAGGCUAAGGAACUCGACAACUACUUCCAAAACACAGGCAAGACAAAAGGUCCGUUGCAUGGAUUGCCUAUAUCCCUCAAGGAUAACAUCAACGUUAUUGGCUAUGAUUCAACCAUUGGGUUCACAUCUCUGGUCAACCAACCCGCCACCAAGAACAGCACAAUCGUGGACUAUCUCCUUGAGACUGGCGCUGUGAUCUACUGCAAGACCAAUGUACCAACUGCCAUGAUGAUCUCGGAGACAGUGAACAAUCUUUUCGGCCGCACAGUCAAUCCGCUGAAUCGAAAUCUUACCACGGGAGGAUCAAGUGGUGGAGAAGCCGCCUUGGUUGCAUUUGGUGGUAGCCGGAUUGGCGUGGGGAGUGAUAUAGGCGGCUCUCUUCGCAUGCCCGCUGCGUGCACAGGCAUCUUCACUAUCCGCCCCUCUGCCGGCCGCUUCCCCAAUUUUCAGUCGCGAGCCUGUCUAGAAGGACAGGAAACUAUCAACGGUGUUAUCGGUCCGAUAGCGAAAAGUCUAGAAGAACUCGAUCUCUGGGCAAGCGUGAUUGUCGGCCAAAAACCCUGGAUUCGCGACCCAAAGUGCCUUCCCAUCCCCUGGCGAUCCGUGGAGACGAAAAAGCGGCUCAAAAUUGCAGUCCUCUGGGACGAUGGAGUUGUGACCCCAACUCCUCCUGUUGCUCGUGCCCUCAAAGAAACUGUCGAGAGAUUAGAGACAGCGGGUCACGAAAUCAUCACAUGGGCAUCAAUCGGGCAUAUGGAAAUGCUCGUCCUGCUUGGAGGCUUAUUCCUCGCAGAUGGGGGGAAGUCUGUUCGGAAACUUCUCGAGCCAACAGGUGAGCCUUUCCGCCCGGAAAUGAAGCCCUAUGAGAAGGCAAGUGAACUUGGCGUGUACGAUCUAUGGCAGAUGCACGUUCAGCGCAAUACGAUCUGCAAAUCUUACUUGGACCGAUGGAAUGAGACGGAGAUUGAUGCAAUUUUAUGCCCGACGACUCCAUUCAGUAGUGCCGAGCACGACAAAUUCACCUACGCUGGGUAUACCGCUGUCUUCAAUCUGCUUGAUUACCCGGCUGUCUCCUUCCCUUGCGGUAUCAAAUCUGAUAAAGCUGUUGAUACGGCAUAUGUCAAUCACCAGGCAUUGAGUGACUUGGAUGCGCAGAUUCAGAACAACUACUCUGCAGAUUCUGUGCAUGGAAUGCCAGUUGGUCUGCAACUGGUUGGUCGCAAGCUCAAUGAGGAAAGUCUGUUAUCUAUGACCGAUGUCAUACUCAGGUCUAUCACUUUGUGA